GAGUUAUCCUAUCCAGUUUAACGCCAUCUACAUUAGAGGGAAAUUUGAACAACUUUUAUGUCGAAUAUUAUUUAUUACAACAAAACACAAUGACAAAAUCAAACGGACUACAAGAUUACUACAUGCAUCUGGAAGAAUUUAGAUUACAUAGUUUUAACACCUGGCCGUUUGAUGAUGACUGGAUAUGCACACCUCAAAAAUUGGCAGAAGCUGGAUUUUAUCAUUGUCCUACAGACCAAGAACCAGAUGCAGUGUGUUGUUUUAUGUGCUUCAAAGAAUUAGAUGGUUGGGAACCUACAGAUGAUCCAUGGGAAGAACACAAAAGACAUUCACCACAAUGUCCUUUCCUGAAGCUUGAUAAACCUAUGGAAGAGUUAACUGUUGAACAGUUCAUGAAACUUGAAGUCAAAAGACAGAAAAACCAAGUUGUAAAGAUUAUGAAUGCUAAAAAGAAAGAAUUUGAGGAACAAGCCAAAGCUGUCAGAGAAGAAAUGCAGAGACUGGUGUAGUUAUACCCAUAAAUAGGCAACAUAGUUAUUAUGGAGAAUAUACAGUGUUCAAUUUUCUUUGACUUGUAGUCCGUUGUUAAACAUAUAUCUGUGAAAUAUAAAUGACUUAGAUCUUAUGACAGGUUUAAUGGAAGUGUAGAGUUUUACGAACAGCACUUAAAAUUGGUGAAUAUUUUGGGAUAAAGCAUUUUUGUAAUCAUAUAUUGACUGUAAAUUUUAUAUUUAAUACAUCUUGUAAAUAUAACUAUAAUUUUUGUUUUGA